AUGAUUAUGGCAUCAACAAGUACGUUAUCAGAAUCUCUGUACAUAACGCAGGUUCGAUUUUGCAGAGCAUUAGCAGUGGUUCGCUCGCUGCCAACAGAAAGUGGAGGUGCAUUUCAACCGUCCAUUGCAGACAAAUUGGAUUUCUACGGACUAUAUAAACAGGCACUGAAUGGAGACUGUAUGUUGCUGAAACCAUCAUCCAGAAAGGUUGUUGCAUACGCUAAAUGGAAAGCGUGGGAUAAAAUGAGGGGAGUCAGCCCAAUUGACGCUCAAAUCAUGUAUAUCAAUGCACUUGUUGAGCUCUUGAAAGAGUUUUUGAAUCGAUUUCCCAAUUCAGAAUUGACAGAAAGCUUAAAUGAAUCAGUUCACUAUUUGCUCGAAGUCAACGAGGAUAUAAACACGGACACCGCAGAAGAAGAGAAUCUUAUUCAAUGGGAUACAAAUGACCAAGAAAAAGAGGAAUACCAUUUAGGACAAAUCGAGCAGGAGCAGAUUCUAUCAGAACAGCCUUAUUCACACUAUUCUAGUCCAAUCAUUAGCGAAUUCCCAUUGACACCUGAACUAUCCCCAAAAUCAAGGAAUUUGUACAACACACAGCCGUUUGAUGAGGAGGAUGAAUUCGAUAAUGAAGUAGCUACUGCGACAUCUUCAUUGUACUUGUCAACGCCCACGCAACAUCCCUACGCCAACUUUAGACGACAAAAGAAGAGAAAGCCGUCGGAUGUAGCUAUUCAAACGUUAAAAACAGAGGUAGCUGCCUUGUGUGAAGAGAUAGAUUCGUUGCGGAGAAGGGACAUACUCAAGAGAAAAUCAUCGCACCGAUGGCGUUGGUUAUGGCUCUUCAGAUCAGUAGCAAAGCAUGCAUUUUUCAAUUUCGUGAUAUUGAUGAUCUUGUUUCUGGUACUAUGGAGGCGAAAAUCACCGAUUGCAUAUGCUGUGAUAACCUACGCUGGUCCACGGUUACGAGACCUAAUGCAAUACAUGUUUAAUCGUAUUGUGUUUUGGAAGGUCACCGUCUAA